UCCGGAGAUAUGGUAAGAUCUGUUUGAAUAUCAUUUUACAUAUCUCUACAUUUCAAAUUUAAGAAUUCUGUCAUUACUAAAUGCUUUCAUACAUCCUCAGCCUAGACUGCAGCAGGGCAACUAGUAAAUAGUCGAGUGCAUCGAUGAGUUUCCAGCGUGUUGUUGCAGCGUCAUCCUGUUUGAAUGAAGUUCAGCCCGAGAACUAGCCACCUCCUGAUUCGCGCCCCACUAGAUCAAAACAGGAAAAAAUUGAGACUUGAGGAGGUGAAAGAUUACCAGCCAUGCCGGUGUUUACAGUUAAUGUGAAAUGGGGCAAAGAGAAGUUUGAUGCAGUAGAGCUCAACACCGAGGAACCACCCAUGGUUUUCAAGGCUCAACUAUUUGCUCUGACAGGAGUUCAACCAGACAGACAGAAGGUCAUGGUGAAGGGAGGCACCCUCAAGGAUGAUGAGUGGGGAAACAUAAAAAUUAAAAAUGGAAUGACUCUACUGAUGAUGGGCUCUGCAGAAGCCCUGCCUGAGGAGCCGUCUGUUCGGCCCAUGUUUGUAGAGGAUAUGACUGAAGAGCAGCUGGCUUCAGCGAUGGAGCUUCCGUGUGGAUUGACCAACUUGGGCAACACGUGCUACAUGAACGCCACGGUGCAGUGUCUACGCUCUGUGCCAGAGCUUAAAAAUGCUCUCAGGAAGUAUACAGGUGCUUUGCGAUCUUCAGGUGCAAAUGCACCAGCACAAUACAUCACAGCAGCUCUUCGUGAUUUAUAUGAGACUAUGGACAAGACCUCUUCCAGCCUGCCACCCAUUAUUUUGCUGCAGUUUCUUCACAUGGCCUUCCCACAGUUUGCUGAGAAGGGUGAUCAAGGGCAGUACCUCCAGCAGGAUGCCAACGAGUGCUGGCUCCAGAUGAUGAGAGUUCUUCAACAAAAGUUGGAGCCACUUGAGCCAGAGACUCCCAUGGAGACUGAAUCUGGGAGCGAAGCCGCCUCCGCCUCUUCAAAGAAGAACUUCAUUGACCAGUAUUUUGGUGUGGAAUUUGAAACUACCAUGAAAUGCACAGAGUCUGAGGAAGAGGAGCCGAUCAAAGGCAAGGAGAGCCAGCUCCAACUCAGCUGCUUCAUCAAUCAGGAAGUCAAAUAUCUUGCAACAGGACUACGGCUGAGACUACAGGAGGAAAUCACAAAAAUGUCUCCGUCAUUGAACAGAAAUGCUCAAUAUAUCAAAUCUUCCAAGCUUAGCCGUCUCCCUGCCUACCUGACUGUUCAGAUGGUCCGAUUCUUCUACAAAGAGAAGGAGUCUGUCAACGCUAAAGUUCUUAAGGAUGUGAAGUUCCCACUCAUGCUGGACGUGUACGAGCUGUGCACGGCGGACCUCCAGGAGAAAAUGUUGGCGGUUAGAUCAAAAUUUAAAGAGGUUGAGGACAAGAAGCUGGAGAAACAGCAGCAAAAGUUGCUGAAGAAGCCAGAUGCAGGAAAGGAAGUGAAAUAUGAGCCUUGCUCUUUCCCAGAUGAUCUCGGAUCAAACAACAGCGGCUACUACGACCUGCAGGCUGUGCUGACUCACCAAGGUCGCUCCAGCUCAUCGGGUCACUAUGUAGGAUGGGUCAAGAGGAAAGAAGAUGAGUGGGUCAAGUUUGAUGAUGAUAAGGUGAGCGUGGUCUCACCUGAAGACAUCCUGCGACUGUCUGGGGGCGGAGACUGGCAUAUAGCUUACGUUCUACUCUACGGGCCGCGUCGGCUGGAGAUACUGGAAGAACAGUAGCUGGUGGGAGAUUUAUCCACACGUACAGAUUUGCCAUUUCCAAGCACUGUCUGCAUAGAUGUGCAAUAAAACUGGUGUCUUUAAAAAUUUGAUGACCUUAUUUUUGUUUUUUAUUUGUAACAAACACAUGCUUGUGUUAAUUAUUCAACCAUAGUGUGCUUUGAAAAUAUGCCGAGGCAGUCUCUGGACCAGAUCCUCAGAAGUUUAAAGUUCUGCAGUUUCACAUGUUUUAUAAACAUUGUAUCAUUUUUUAAAAGCCUUUGGUAAGGUGAUCAUAUAAGAGCAACAGGUCAUUUUUAACGAGAGUCCAGCCAAGCUGCUGUCCUCGACCGUCUGGCUCGAGUCUGCAGAUGUACGACUGAACUCUCGACCACCUUUUGAACCUUUGAGGUCGACCUCAGGUCUUAAGUGCUUGGCUCACAUCAUCUCCUGCGAUUGUUCAAAUGUAUUGACUGAUGUGGCCCUUUCUGCCAAAUUAACGCUGUUUUCAGGGAAGUGUGAGUGUGGGGGGGAUGGUUCAGGUCAGGUCGCCCUUGUGUUGAACCUUGUGUUUAAAUAAAGACUUGAGAUUCUG